AUGCUCUUACAUGCUCCUCCUGUCGCAGAUGGCUACAACAGUUUCAUUGGAUCACUUCGCUCGGAAACCAUCCUGAAUCCGGCUUUGUUGGAGCUUGCGAUCAGCCGCAUAGCCGUCUUGAGAAAUGCUGUCUACGAGUGGAAUAUUCACGCGCCACUUGCUUUGAAGGCUGGAGUUCAAGCACCAGAGCUGCAAGACACGCGUUCGCUUCCAUCAUUCUGUCAAGCUGCAAAGGAAAGCAUGGCCGCCUGGAAGAAGUCAUGUCUCACGGCUCGGCAGCAAGCUGUUCUUGCUUAUACCGAUGCUAUGACAGAAUCUGUGACUGUUUGUGAUCAUGUGUUCCAGCAACUUGUCAAGGCAGAGCUGUCAAGCAGGGAGAUUGUGGAGCUCACUACCACAGUUGCUGGUUACAAUUGUGUAUGUAGCAUUCUUGUGGCGCUGGAUGUUGGAGAAAAUAAUUCUCGCAAGAUGAAGAGUGUAGAGGAGCUCGUUGAAAGUCUUGUCUGA